ACACGAGCGCCAGAUAACUGAAGAUGGCCCGUUAAGACUGCUGUCCGUCCAUUCCCUUGUGCAGCACAUCAACUGGUCGCCUACCACUGCCAUUUUACUUUUCUUAAUGUGCAGCAAAUGUAACGCGUCUCACAUAAACGAGAUUGUGCUUCCGUUAUCACAAAAAUAUCCACAGGUCGUUCUUACCAAGGACCGAAUUUCUCUGCGCAGUUGGAACGGCAUUGCACAAGGGUGCGUUCGAUGGCGCCACCAUGGAGGAUCUUGAAACACAAAUAUUUCACCACCUGAUGAAUCCGUUCCCUCCCCGUGAGGGCAACGAGGACCCACUUGUCAAUAGUUGCAAUGCGAACAGCGCAUCUAGAGUGGCAGACCAUUCGCAUUUUCGAUUGUACUCCAAAUACCCAUUCGCCAAGCUAGAUGGAUUGGAACAUCUCAGUAUGAAGGAUCGGGCGUUGCUAGAACUUCAAGGAUGUUUCUAUCUACCGGCUCAACCUCAGUUUGAUGAUUUUCUUGUUCAUUACUUUCGGCACAUACAUCCUUAUCUUCCUAUGUUAGAUGAGACAAACUUUUGGCAGAUAUACUCAGACGUCGGGUCGGGUACCCAGAGGGAAAAUUCAACAAUAUCUCUGUUUGUUUUGCAGGCAAUGUUGUUUGCUGCAGCUGGGAUUGUCGAUCACCGUACCAUCACUGCCCUUGGGUUCAUUCAUUAUGAAGAAGCACGGGAUACAUUUUAUGAGCGCGCAAAGAUCUUGUUUGAGUUGCAAGCCGAAUCAAAUCCUUAUUCCAUCGCUCAGGGAACUCUACUUCUUUCGUAUCGUUUCGCCAUAGAUAAUCCACUGUGCAAUGUUAAUUGGCUGCAAAGAGCGAUUUCAAACGCCCGCAAAUGCGGUGCCCAUCUUCAAAAAAGCGAAAAACCAGAUAAAAACCUCACGACAGCUAUGAAUACGAAGGCGAUGCAAUAUCGACGCUUGUGGUGCUCAUGUAUCAUUCGCGACCGAAUUCUGUCACUAGGCGUUCGGACCCGGCUUCUAAUUCCACCUAAUGAAUUUAACCCUACCCAUGACCUUUUAAACGAACAAGACCUAAAUUUCGAAGUGUCGGCCUCAAGGGUGUACUCUGUCAGCUCGAAACAAACCCUUCUCUAUCUUUCUAUAAAAGUGUCUCGACUAAGUGGAAUUCUUACCGAGAUCGUUACGUUGGCUGAGGAUAUCAAGGAUAUGUUACGUGGACUGAGUAUGCUGGCUAUGAAAGACCUUCCCAACAUUGUGGAAACGGUAAAACGCGUCAGCAAUCAACUAGACACAUGGGAAACAACUUCACUUGACCAAAUUUUGCAGCAGAGAGGUGACCCGUCAGUGAUGUCGCACACGAUACUUGCCUAUAUUUACUACCAGUCGGCCCGCAUUAGACUUGUCAACGCACAAGUCAUGUUGCUAGAAGUUCAAAGUCAAGAGGUGCCUCCGGAGAUACAGCUCAAUGAACGGCAUGCCAUCAAAAUAAAACUGGAGAGAUCUGUUCAUGCUAUCGUGGGAUUUAUGAAAACUGCCGUCAAGUAUGAUAUAACUGGCCACUGGCCAAUCUCGAUAGGAGCACACACUUUCUUCCCCGCUAUGCUUCUUUACAUUAAUCGAAUGCUGCCUGCAACGCCCCUAGAAAUGGUCAAUCGUGUUGAUGGAUAUAGGGAUGCCUAUACAGUGAUGCGGAGCAGUAACGCUCGGCAUGGAAGUUCUGAGAAAAUACUUCAGCACCUGACAGCGACACUCGAGGAAGAUCUCGAAGCGCUCAUAUUUACGGGCCACGAAGAAACGGCAUCAGUAGCAGACUGGUCUGACUUGGUCGUACACUUUCCGCACAUUUAUCUCAAGCUGGUCUUGAUUUUGGAAAACUUCUUUGAACGUGGAGUUGUUGUUUAGAUUAGGAUGUUUCAAAGGCUAGUUCAAAGCCACAAUCCUGCCGGCAAAAUGUAUAAUAUGGCGGCAUGUUCAAGCGAAGAGACUCCGACAAUGUCUAUUGAUCAGUUCAUUGGAAAGUUGAUUGAAAUGCGUCUAGGUUAAUGCUGUGCUCGUCAUUGGGACUUUGCGACAUCAUAGGCAAUACCACAAGUUGCAAUUUUUUAUGUCGCAAUUGAGAACCUUGCUUGUCGCGUGAAAAAUAAUAUUGCGUGCAUGAUACAGCACGUCAAUGUUUGCAAUUUUCCGCUUGUACUCCAUCUAGCCACAACUUGGGUUAUAUUCCGAACGCAAUUCCCCCUUUUAUUUUCAUGGGAUUGCU